AUGGAGCAUAGAGGACCAUCGUUGCGUGGAUUUUUGGCGCUGAUUAUCUUCGCUCUCACGGCUACCUUCGUGCAUGCAGAGCUGAGCUAUUCCUUUCCGGAGGAGAUGAAACGCGGAUCUGUCGUUGGAAACAUAGCCAAGGACAUCGGACUGGAUGUGACCACACUGUCCGCUCGUAAGGCUCGAUUAGUCUCCGAGGAGGAUCGUAAACAAUAUUUUAAUUUAAAUCUGAGGACCGGGGAGUUGAUGAUAGCCGAUAGAGUCGAUAGAGAGGAGCUUUGUCUUGAACAACUGACGUGUCUGCUUAGAUUGGAGUUAAUGCUUGAAACACCAUUAGAGUUGCAUCGUAUGACAUUUCAGAUUCAAGAUAUCAACGAUAAUUCGCCCAUAUUUCCAAAGGAUUCUAUUAAGCUUGAAAUACGUGAAAGUGCUGAUAAAGGCGCAAGAUUUCGUGUAAACGAGGCACACGAUGUAGACGUUGGACAGAAUGCAGUGACUGGCUACACGUUGGAAAGGAAUAAUCAUUUUGUGUUGUCUGCUAAUUCAAACAAAGACGGAGGUAAAAACAUUGAAUUAGUGUUAGACAAGGAACUUGACCGAGAGCAACAACAGGAUGUUACAUUAGUCCUCUCUGCCUUUGAUGGUGGGACACCGCCACGAUCAGGCACUGUAGCCAUACAUGUAACUGUGUUGGAUGCGAAUGAUAAUGCGCCAGUUUUCAGCCAAGAGGUUUAUAAAGCAAGCCUACCUGAAAAUGCUCCCCUGUAUUCUGUUGUGGUGAAAGUUAGUGCGACAGAUGCAGACGAGGGACCUAACGGGGAAGUAUCUUAUGAAUUCAGUCGUAUUUCAAGUAAAGCGAAAAAUAUAUUUUCGCUGGACUCAGUCACAGGAGAAAUCAGAGUUAUCGGCACCGUCGAUUUUGAAGACGAAAAGAAAUACGAAAUGCGGAUUGAGGGAAAAGAUGGAUUUGGACUCUCCACAGAUGCACGAUCUCUGAAUAAUCACAUCCCUGAGGAUGUGCCUCCUGAUACGGAGGUGGGAAUUGUGAAUGUGCAGGACAGAGACUCUGAUAAGAACAGACAGGUGCGUUGCAGCAUCCAGGAAAAUGUUCCCUUUAAACUCGUUCCGUCUAUCAAAAACUACUAUUCGCUGGUCACUGCAGGUGACGCGGAUAUAGGAGAGAACUCCGUGAAGAUCUACUCGCUGCAGAAGAAUGAUCAUUUUGUGUUGAAAGUGCACUCUAGUACAGACGGAGAUAAAUAUAGCGAGCUGGUGUUAGACAAAGAGCUGGACCGCGAGCAGCGGGACAAGGUUGUAUUAAUUCUUACAGCCACUGACGGUGGGAUUCCACCGAAGUCAGACAACGGCUCUCCUCCACUCGGUAGUAACGUGACCGUGCGUGUCCAUGUGAAGGACGAGAACGAUAACUCUCCACAGAUAUUAUAUCCAACUCCGGACGGCAAAUCACUCAUGACCGAGAUGGUGCCCAAAGCUGCGCAGGCGAACUCCAUCGUGUCCAAAGUCAUCGCAGUGGAUGCAGACUCAGGGCAGAACUCGUGGCUCUCCUAUCAUAUCAUAAAAGCUUCUGAUCCUGGACUUUUUGUUAUUGACGUGGAUGGAACUGGAACAAUUCGCAGCGCAUACAACUACGACGCGUAUCUAACCACGGGGUCGCGUACCAGUGACUUUAAGUUUGUCGAAUCAUACACAGAAGGAACUAUGCCCAUUGAUAUGACUCUUAAGAAAUCUGCAUCUGACGAUUUACUCGGUGCUAUCGACACAGUCCAGGCCAGGAGCUGA